AUGGACCACCCGGCGCAACCCCAAUCCCGAGCCGAAGUUCAGCCCUACACGGAGGAAUUGCCAUGCAGCCAAGACACGAUGGGAUUGCCGGCGCCGGUAGUACAGAUAAGCGAGCGCCGCACAAGACGAGAAACACCAGUGCCUGCGCUCGCCAAGGAGGCAUCUCCUCCGCUUCUGGACCCACGAAAGGAAGCUUGGCCGUUGAUUUCUAACACAACAUCCGAGCGAGCAAAUCAGGAGGGGGGCGAUACAGGGACGAGAAGAUCGGCUAAAGUGUGUGAAUUUGGUGAAGCGAGUGGUGAUCUCAGAAUCAUAACCUCACCACCACACCCGGCCCAUACCACAACCACACCGCCCACCAUGCCCACCCCCCAAUACUUUGACUACUCCCCCUUCACCCGCAUCCUCUCCGAAAAGUCCCACUACAACCAAGCCGUCCGCAUCGGGGACCGAAUCGAGUGCUCCGGCCAAGGCGGCUGGGAUCCGAUCACCGGCGCGAUCCCCGCCUCUCUCACCGCCGAGAUCGAGCAAGCCUUCGCCAACGUGGACGCGUGCCUGCGGGCGGCGGGCGGGAACGGGUGGGGGCAGGUGUACAAGGUCAACCUGUACACGACGGAGCUGAGCGAGGAGGCGUUCACGGCGUGGGCGGCCAGCAUGCGCAAGUGGGCGGGCGAGACGCACAAGCCGCUGUUGACGGGCGUGGCGGUGGCGGGGUUGGGCGUGCCGGGGAUGAGGGUCGAGGUGGAGGUUGUGGCGUAUCUUGGGGGGGAGGGAGAGGGGGAGAAAUAG